UAGCUGCCCUCCCUAGCCUGGUUGGUUAGUUUCAUAACGGCUUCCAUUCCAUACGACUGUGGUAUCCAUCUACAAACAACAACACAAAAUUAAAGAAGGAACAACAAAAAGAAAGAAAAACACAAAUAAAAUAUCCAAAAUUCCCCGCAUUGUCCAAAAAACGAGUUUAGAAAGAAGGAGAAAAACAUCAACAACAACAACAAAAAUAAAACGAAAACAUAAACCUCGUUCGUUUCGUUUCGUUUAUGCCAUACAUACAGUUAUACAACAACAACACAAAAAUGGUAGUAAAAUAAAAAAUAAAACAAUAUUCUCAACAACAAAAAAGAAGUAAUAAUUCCUUAAAUGUGAAUUGAAGAAACAAAUAGAAAUGUCAGUUUAGUUGAAGGUUUUUGCAAGUUUAGUUGUGGAAAAAAAAGAUUCCACCGAGCUCCAACAACGCGGCGCGCCGCGGCUAUUAUUAGCACAGUGUUUUCUCUUCUCUUCUUCGGUGAUGGAAAACUAGUAUAUUAUAUUUUACACCAAAUAAUUAUAAUAAUAAUAACAAUAAUUAUAAUCAGACAUCAGAGAAAAAAAGAUAGUAAUGUAUCUGAAACUUAAAGAAUUGCGUGCAACUUAAAACAAACAGGAUACACCCAAUUGGAUAUUUACAAUACCUACAGUUGAUGGUUAGAAUUACGCCUUCUGUUUAAGACUUUUCUGGUGCCGUUGCCGCUAUCGUCAGAGCCGUCAUAGUUUCCGACGGGAAUUGAAAAGAUAUUUUUGUUAAAAAUCGAAGAAGAAGUGGUUGCAACUUUUAAUAACAGCGAAAGAAUUCAGAUACACGUGCAUCACACUUGAACCCUUUGAGAAGGUUAAGGGGUGUCAAAUUCUUUAUUCAAUUCAGUGAAUGUUUUUUUUGUUUUACUGUGAUCGUAUUUUAAAUGUGAAAAGCUUUUCAAAAAUGUAUCGGAUUUAAUUUUGUUGUGAAUUUAGUUUGUUGUUGAGUGAAUUUUUGAGAAAUUAAGCGUUUUUGAUAAUACAUAAAUAUAGUAUUAUAUUUCGAUACCAGGACAUGACACAUAGGUCAAGCACACCAUAUAACUCAACAAAAUGAUGGACAGAAUACCAUCGCUGUCUCUCUCGGGGAUAUCGCUAGCGCAUCCCCUGUCAAUUUCUACAGGUCAAUCAUUGCAAAAUCACCUCUCGUCAGGACCUACAUCGUCGUCGUCCUCGUCCACUGGUCAAUUGUCUUCGCAUCAUCACAGCAGCUCCCAUCACAACCAUCAGCUGGCUCUCAACUCCCUUAACCUGCACGCAUCAGCGGCUGCAGCUGCAGCCGCAUGCUCUUCGACAUCGUCAUCGGUGACACCCUCCUCCUCUGUGGCCUCAUUAUCAAUAACACCGCCAACGAGUUCGUCUUCAUCCCUGCACCAUCACACCACGACCCAUCAUCAUCCUCUGCAUCAUCAGGGCGGCUCCACGUCAUCCCACCAAGUGAACCAUUCACAUCACCAUCCGCAUUCCAACCAUCAUCCCCAUCAUCAUCCUCAUGCUACGGCAUCGCAUCAUAAUUCGCAAUCAUCGCCGAUGACAAAUUUGCACCAAAACAUGGGGAGCCUCAUGAAUAGCGGAAGUAGUGCCAGUGAUGUAUUUUUUAGUUUGAUGAUCCAAAACACAACAAAACGUCAAGCCGAGGAGCACAUAAAACGCCCAAUGAAUGCCUUCAUGGUGUGGUCACGUUUGCAGAGACGCAAAAUCGCCCAGGACAAUCCCAAGAUGCACAAUUCAGAGAUUUCCAAAAGAUUAGGAGCGGAGUGGAAGCUGCUAACGGAGGAUGAAAAACGACCUUUCAUAGAUGAAGCCAAACGACUUCGUGCUAUGCAUAUGAAGGAGCAUCCGGAUUACAAAUAUCGUCCUAGACGAAAGCCGAAAGCUCUUCGACGUGACGGUUAUCCAUAUCCAAUGCCAUAUCCAUCAGUGCCAGUGGAGGCAUUACGGGCAGGCAUAACACCUGGAUAUUUUGCACCAGGACCAGCAGCAUAUCAUUUAGGAAGUCAUCUCUCACAAUCAAAUCCGCCAACAUCACAGUCAUCGAUAAGCAGCCAAAUGGAUGUCCCGAAAUUCGCUUUGGAUCGCAGUUCGUACCUUAGUUCGGCGGCAGCUGCAGGCAGCUUAUAUGAUUCAUCAAAAGCAGCUCAAGCCAGUGCCGCUUACAGUGCGUAUCUAGACCCGACCGUCCUCACAAAAGCUUACUUCGACUCGAAGAUGUACCAGGAUCGUGCAGCGAAUUAUGCCUUCGAUAUAUCCAAAAUCUAUGGAGCUCAGCAGCAACAGCAUGCCGCUGUUGCCCAUCAACAACAACAACACCAACAUCUCUUGAACGGCCUGAGUAUUGGCAGUGGAAGUGGCAAUAACAACAACAACAACAUCAAUCCGAACAAUAAUAGUCUGGAUGGACGGGAGUCAACUCCGCAUCUGGACAGUACUGGGGAUAAGUCUCAGUUGAAUUCACCUAAUGACAGUCAGAUUGACUAUUCGGGUUAUUCGCAGUACGCCCAGGCGGCUGCUGGAGUUGUUGGAUCAGCUGGCGGGGCUGGUGGCGGUGGAGGGGGUGAUUUUAGAAGACCCCUAACCGUUAUCUUUUGACCAGAAAAAUUUGAAAAUGAUUAAAAAAGUAUAUAAAAUAAAAGAACUAGAAUAAGUUUAAAGAAAAGAUAUUAAAAAUGCCAUGGCAUAGUGAAUAUUAUUAUAGUAUUAUGAAAAUAAGUAUUAAAAUUGUAAAGUGUUAAACAAAAUUUAAAUUUACUUCCUAGGUACGUAAGUACGUGCGUCGUAAUUGUCGAAAACGAACAAAGAAAAUUGUAACUUAGUUAUAAUUCAUGUCU